GCUUUUUGUGCGUGUGUUUUGCGUACGCUUUUGGUCGAGUUUCUGAUCAACAUACCUGCUCGUAGCAAUGCACAGCAAAGGAGAAACUAGUAGUUUAAAAACCGGCAUGAUUGAUUUCGUGGCCGGAUGUUUAGGAGGUGUCGCGCUCGUGUACGUCAGCCAGCCGAUGGAUACGGUGAAGGUAAAGAUGCAAACAUUCCCCGGGUUGUACAAAGGGUUCAUCAACUGUACGGCGCAAACAUUCAAGCGGGACGGUAUCGUGCGAGGCCUGUACGCCGGCACGAUCCCGGCAGUGGUAGCAAAUGUGGCAGAAAACUCAGUAUUAUUUGCUGCAUACGGUGCCUGCCAGCAGGUCGUUGGCAACGCAAUGCACAAACCUUCCGUGGCGGAAUUGUCGACGCUGGAGAAUGCCACCGCCGGCUUUCUGGCCGCGUUCUUCUCCUCCUUCACGCUCUGCCCGACCGAGCUGAUCAAGUGCAAGCUGCAGGCGUUGCGCGAAACGGCCGGUAAUGAUGGUAAACGUCGACCGACUAUAUCGUCCUACACGCUCGUGAGCCAGAUUCUGCGCACGGAAGGGAUUCCGGGCAUGUUCCGGGGGUUAACGUCGACGUUUGCGCGCGAAAUGCCCGGUUACUUCUUUUUCUUCGGCGGCUAUGAGCAGACGCGGGAGUUUUUUACACGUCCGGGACAGACGAAGGACGAUAUUGGGGCGCUGCGAACGAUGGUGGCCGGUGCGGUCGGUGGUGUGGCCCUAUGGACUGUCAUCUUUCCGGCGGAUGUCAUCAAGAGUCGGAUCCAGGUGUACAGUAUGCGGGCGAGUAUGACCCAGGUCGGGCUGGACAUUUUCCGCAAGGAGGGUGUGCUGGCAUUCUACAACGGACUGCUGCCAACGAUCGUGCGAACCAUUCCUGCCACAGCGGUGCUAUUCGUGGUGUACGAGUAUACGAAGAAAACGUUAACGAAGCUGUUAGAGUAGGUUAUAAUAUACGUUUCUCACCUUCGCUUAUGAAUAGAUUUGUACGUAAGAGUUUUGUUUUUGGUGCAUACACAAUGGGUUUUAUUUCAUCAUCUCCGAUCUUACGUGUGUUUGCUGAGGAACGGUGACAGUUUAGCCUCGAGAUACUUUCGCAUAUCGUCCCGCGAAUAUACCGGCCAC